AUGGCUUCACCCUCAGCCACAGACUCUCCAGAAGAGGAGAGCACCGAUGUCCCCGAGGUGACGCAAGCAGAGACGAGAGUGGCCGUGUCGCGACUCCGGGCUAAGAACACAGCGCCCGGACCCGACGGAGUUCCUGGUCGAGCUCUCGUCCUGGCUCUGAAGGAGCUAGAGCCCCAGCUGAGAGGGCUCUUCACGGCAUGUCUCGAGCAGGGUCAGUUUCCCAGUGUGUGGAAGGAGGGGAGGCUGGUCCUGCUCAGGAAGGAGGGGCGCCCCGCGGACUCACCGUCCGCGUACCGGCCCAUAGUGCUGCUCGACGAGGCGGGCAAACUUCUUGAGCGUAUCAUCGCAGAUCGCCUCGUCGGCCACUUGUGCAGAGAGGGGCCGGACCUGGACGAGAACCAGUUUGGUUUUCGUCGCGGGCGCUCCACCAUAGACGCUAUUACGCGCGUGAGGGCCCUGGCGGAGGAGACAGUAUCCCGGGGUGGGGUGGUGCUGGCGGUGUCUUUAGACAUCUCCAACGCCUUCAACACCCUACCCUGGAGUUGUAUUCGGGAGGCACUGAAUUACCAUCGCGUGCCUCCCUACCUCCACCGCAUAAUAGGGGCUUACCUUGAGGAGAGAUGCGUUACCUAUUGGGGACGUGACGGUGCUGGUCGGCGCGUCAUGUCGUGCGGUGUUCCGCAGGGAUCGGUCUUGGGACCGCUCCUGUGGAACAUCGGCUACGACUGGGUGCUGAGAGGUGAACUCCCGUCGGGCGCCGACUUGACGUGUUAUGCGGAUGACACGCUCGUCACUGCCCGGGGGAGUUCGCACAGGGAAGCAGCGUUGGUUGCCACGGCUGCGGUGUCACAAGUGGUGAACCGCAUCCGGCGCCUGGGCCUGGAGGUGGCCCUAACCCUCUGA